UUUGUUAACCAGGGAGGGCGCGGCCACUGGGAUUUUCGCUGCGGGCUUCAGUGAGCUGCGGUUGGUUACCAGAUUGCGGUCGAGAUGUCCUACAUCCCCGGCCAGCCGGUCACCGCUGUGGUGCAAAGAGUUGAAAUUCACAAGCUGCGUCAAGGUGAGAACUUAAUACUGGGCUUCAGCAUUGGAGGUGGAAUUGACCAGGAUCCCUCCCAGAAUCCUUUCUCAGAAGAUAAGACAGAUAAGGGCAUUUAUGUCACACGGGUUUCUGAAGGAGGCCCUGCUGAAAUUGCUGGGCUGCAGAUUGGAGACAAGAUUAUGCAGGUGAAUGGCUGGGACAUGACCAUGGUCACGCACGACCAAGCCCGGAAGCGUCUCACCAAGCGCUCAGAGGAGGUGGUGCGCCUGCUGGUGACGCGGCAGUCACUGCAGAAAGCAGUGCAGCAGUCCAUGCUGUCCUAGCAGCCCACCACAGUCCCUGACUUGUGCCUGCCUGCCUGCAUUGACACCACUUCCAUGCUCUGUCUGCCCUCAUCCUGGCUUCUGAUGUGUGCCGGGCCCCAGCUCCGAAAGGCCAGAGCUGGUCCCAGAGGCCCGUCCCUGGCCUGACCCAGCCUUCCCUCCCCUCUCCCACCCCUGGCCUGAGCCUCUGGGACUAGCUGUCUCCCUCAGACACUGAUGGGAAUUAAGGGCCCGGAGCUGAAUUGUGUUGUCUGUAGUGACCACAGCUUGGCCCCCAGACUCUGCUGCUGCAUGGCCUUAGCAGUGCCCCGAUGGGCAGGAGGCCCCACUUCAUGAGAGCCACCACAGAGCCGGAGAAUGCCAGGUGGGGCCAGCCUUUCCCACACUUAGCCCAGCUGUAGGGCUUGGCCUUGUCCCUGUGUCUCAGCUCUUCAGUGACUGUACCCCAUGUCCUCCCCUGCUUUCUCCAGUAGGGACUCGACACAUUGCCAGAGGCACUACAGAGGUACACCCAGAUGGAAGCCAGGCAGGCCCACGGUGCACGCCACAGCACCCCCAUUUCCCUGAGGGGCGCUGGCCUCCCCAAGGUUCACCUGCUUACGAGAUUUAGACGAAGUUUGAGGCUGACAUUUCAGGGCAGUUCUCAGGAUUGCCAUUUCCCUCUACGCCUGUGCAUUUAACUUUAUAUUUUUUUAAUCACUUUGAUACAAAAGCAUUUUUAUCGUACUAUUUGGAGGUGCCAAUUCUACUUCUGAAUUUAGCUUACUAAUUCACAUCUGGGAACAACCAGCGUUACUCUCUGGUUCCUGUGGAAAUGGGGCAGUGUGAAGCUGCCCACACUUGACAUCUUGUGCCCAAAUAAACCAUGCUGGAAUCCCUAA